UGAGAGUGGCUCAAGAGGAGAAAAUAAGAUUGUACAUUUUUAAUAAAAAGCUUUAUGGUAUUUUUAAAAAGCAUAUAAACCGGUGUAAUACAGAAGUUAAUGUUUUGUUUUGUCUGAGGGACCAAGUGGGUGGUACUAUGUGUAGCACAAGUUGGCCGGGCCACGUGGUGUGCGGACAGCCAAUCAGGAGCAGCUCCAGGUUUAACUAUGUUAAAUGUCAGAUUGCAAUAAACUAGAAGCUGUUGGUCGGGCCCGCGGAAAUGGGCGAGCAUAAUCUCCUUAAUCCAGGGUUUGUGGGACCUUUGGUAAACAUCCACACUGGAGACACGUUUUACUUUCCGAAUUUUAGAGCCUCGGGGGGACAACUGGCGGGGAUUCCGUCUCUCUCUUACCCGAGAAGGGACAAUGUUUGUUCCCUCCCGUGGAAUCCUUCGGAGCCGUGCAAUGGAUACUCUCAAUCCUACUUUAGCAGCCCCGUGUCUAUUAACCCUUCCUUCAAUCGGUCGUGUGAAAUCACCAGAGCAGAGGAGGGGAAAUGUUAUUACAACAGCGGGAACGGGAACAGAGAGACCUGCUCAGGUGGCAGCAGCCUGAAAAGAGAGGACAGGGCGAGAGACACAUCAUCCCUGACAUCCGAUCACGGGAUGCACGGUGGAAUUGGUGCCGGCUUUUCCAAAUAUGAUUAUGGGAGCGAGCAGCUAACGCAAGACCCGCCGUCCUGUCAAUCCAUGGAGUCCGACUCCAGCUCGUCUCUGCUCAACGAAGGCAAGCCCUCAUCCAGCGACACGCAGACCCUGCUGUCACCGGGAAGCCAUUCAAGCACCAUAGCAGCUGGAGGAGGAGGAGGAGGAGGUGCCCCGUGGUACCCGAUGCAUACUCGGACAAGAAAGAAACGCAAACCCUAUUCCAAACUCCAGCUGGCUGAGCUCGAAGGGGAAUUCAUGCUGAACGAGUUCAUCACCAGGCAGCGACGGAGGGAGCUCUCCGAUCGGCUGAACCUCAGCGACCAACAAGUCAAGAUCUGGUUCCAGAACCGCAGGAUGAAGAAGAAGAGACUCAUGUUGAGGGAGCAGGCUUUGGCCUACUUUUAGAGAUGUAGAAGAAUCGAUAAGCAGUAUAAAGCCGAGCCUGGUGCGCUCCCCCCCAAGUCUUCUUUGAAUGCAUGCAUUCAUCUCUCCAUCUUUUACGUCGCAGGCUUCUUCUAAAAAAAACAUUUUUUGCUAAUGUUUAAAGAAAUAGUCUAAGAAAUGCCCAAACAAUCGCAUCACACGUCAGAGAGCCUUCAUGUUUGGCACCACAGCACAAACAAACUUUUACAAUAUGUUUCCUGUCAAGGUUCCUGAUCUGUCACAAGAUAUUAGCCCACGCGCCCUUGAUGUCAACUGCAAGAAAAGAAAUGUACCUUGACGGGCAAUUUCUUUUUCUUUUUUUUUUUUUUUUGGAAGACACGGGACUUCCCUUUGUUCCUCUUGUACAAGAGAAAAUAAUAGGGAGGAGGAGGAAGGGGGUGGAUGGAAUUUCAGAACAGAAGUGAACGGAAACGAUUAAAUAAAGAACUUAAAGUAAAAAAUCAUGACGCAACAUAUGAGCGCGACAUUUUAUCCACGCUGAUUGAGCGACGCGGGAUUAUUUUCUGUGCAUUUUUUGAGGCUAAAGCCAUAAAUCGC